AAAAUAAUCGAAAAGGAUAAUUAUCGAUUCAUUUUUUGAUACAUACACGUGUUGUAGAUCUUAACCUAUAAAAAGCAUUACAUGCUUUUCAUUCCAAUAUAUGUUUAUUCAGAGCAAAAUGAGAAAUAAUUGUGAUUUAAUAAAAACUAUUGAGGAUGAUCAAGAGAUAACAGAUUAUUCAGAAAAAUCGGACGAAGAAGAUGAUUAUCAACCACGAAAACAAAAGAAGAAGGAAAGUAAAGAUUUUGAUAGUAAUUUUCAAUUUAUAAAUAAUGUUGCUGAAUAUAAUCAAGAUACUUGGAAUGAUCUAAAAAAAUAUAUUAAACGGAAAGCAACAACAAAACUAGAUGACAAAAUAAAGAAAAUUAGAGAGCAAAGCAACAAUCAGGUUGGAACAGAUGAUCUUAUUAAAGUUGAAACAGAAGUAGAUCAGGAUGAUGAUUCUGUUCUGUUAUCUGAAGAUGAUCUUAAAAAAGAUUCUUUUAAAACAAAGGAAAAAAAAGGAAAAAGGAAAAAUUCUACUAAAAAGAAGGAUGAGGAAACUAUUGACUUUGAGGAAUGUACAAACUUUGAAACUGAUGCUACAUUCUAUCAGAUGAACUUGUCUAGGCCUUUACUAAAAGCAAUAACAACAAUGAAUUUUUUGACUCCAACUCCCAUACAAGCUGCUACUAUUCCAGUAGCCUUAAUGGGCCGUGAUAUAUGUGGUUGUGCAGCAACAGGAACUGGCAAGACUGCAGCUUAUAUGCUUCCAACUUUGGAAAGAUUAAUGUAUAAGCCAUUGGAUGGGCCUGCUGUCACACGAGUUCUUGUACUUGUACCCACCAGAGAGUUAGGAGUGCAAGUUUAUCAAGUAACAAAACAACUGUCUCAAUUUACAUCAGUAGAAACUGGUUUAUCUGUUGGUGGAUUAGAUGUGAAAGUACAAGAGAGUAUAUUAAGAAGAAAUCCAGACAUUGUGAUAGCAACACCUGGAAGAUUGAUCGACCAUCUAAGAAAUACACCUACUUUCUCACUGGAUAUUAUCGAAGUACUAAUUUUGGAUGAAGCUGAUAGAAUGUUAGAUGAAUACUUUGCUGAACAAAUGAAAUAUAUUGUGAACCAAUGCUCAAGAAGUAGACAGACUAUGCUUUUCUCUGCUACUAUGACUGAAGAAGUCAAAGAUCUAGCUGCGGUGUCUCUCGACAAACCUAUCAAGAUAUUUGUAGAUAGCAAUCAAGACGUAGCUUUCAACUUGCGUCAGGAAUUUAUUCGUAUACGUAAAGAGAGAGAAGGAGAUCGCGAGGCAAUAUUAGCGGCCUUAAUCUGCCGAACUUUUCACGAUCACGUUAUGGUUUUUGUACAAACGAAAAAACAAGCACACAGAUUGCAUAUUUUAUUAGGACUAUUGGGAGUAAAAGUUGGGGAGCUUCAUGGCAAUCUCACGCAGCCACAACGAUUAGAAAAUCUGCAGGAAUUUAAGGAUGAAAUAAUCAACAUUUUGAUAGCAACCGACGUUGCUGCAAGAGGUUUGGAUAUAAGUGGUGUAAAGACUGUUAUUAACUUUGUGAUGCCUGCUACUCUUCAACAUUAUAUACAUAGAGUCGGGAGAACUGCGAGAGCAGGACGUGUGGGUGUUUCUGUAUCGUUAGCCGGCGAACAGGAACGUUCAUUAGUGAAGGAAGUUAUCAAACGAGCAAAGAAUCCAGUGAAGAAUAGGAUAAUACCACCGGAUAUAAUAGAAAAAUAUAAUAAAAAGUUACAAUCUCUGGAGAUAGACGUGGAAAAGAUAUUGCAAGAGGAAAAGAGCGAGAGAGAACUAGCCAAAAUUGAGAAUCAGGCGAAUCGUGCUGAGAAUCUACUCAAAGAUGUAGAGGAGAGGAAUCAUCGAAGUUGGUUCCAAUCUAAGAAGGAAAGAAGGAUGGAGAAAGAAAAUCUUCGAUUAACCGAGAGACCGACUAAUAAGAAAAAAGACCGCGAAAAAGAACCUAUUAAUAUAGUGGAAGAUAAAAAGAAGAAGGCACAAAAUGAACCUAAAAAAGAUACAGCUGAAGAUAGAGCCAAAAGAGAAUUAGACAAGAUUGCCGCUUAUCAAGCGCGUUUGGCUAAGAGGAAAAACAAGCCAAAGAAGAUUAAAACAAUUAUGGAUGAGAGUAACCGUGAUUUCUCUAGGAAAGGAUCACUGAAACGAUCGAGAUCAUCUUUCGUCGACGAUUUAACCGACACGAGCAAGAAAAAUGUUAAAAGAAUGCGUUAUGAAGCAAACACUAGGAAUAAAAAUGCGCAACGUAAAAAUAAGCCCACAAGGGGAAAGGCCAACAAAAAAUCACUUAAAAGACGUUAACUUUAACCAUUACAAUACGCCAUACGUCUCACAGAUUGACAGAUGAAUAGCACUGAUUAAUUGAUUGUUUAAUCAGAUUAUGUAUACUUUUCAUAGUCUAUGACCUGUUUGAGAAAAUUGCAGUACCAUGCCGAGAUCGUAUACAUUCGCAAAAAUAUCACUUUAAC